CACUUCCUGUGAGGCCUCGUCGACGCCACCAGGGGCCACCCAGAGAAACUUGGUCAUCGAGGCGGCAGAAGACAGAAGACCAAGCACAAGCCAACCACCUCUGCUAAGAGAGCAUUUUUAACAGGGGUAACGGCAGCAACGCAAGUGCACCACCAUGGCUCAAAGCUGCCUCAACUGCCUCAAGUACACCAUGUGUGCAGUGAACUUCCUGUUCUGGCUGUGUGGAACCGCUGUCCUCGGCUUUGGAGUCUACCUCAUGACAAGCCUCGAGUUCUCCUCACUGAUCCCCAGUGUGCCGUCCUUCAGCAUAGCCAGCUGUCUGGUGAUCAUUGGCACCAUCAUCUCCUGCAUCGCCUUCCUGGGCUUCCUCGGAGCGCUCAAGGAGAACCGCUGUCUGCUCAUUUCAUUCUUCAUCCUGCUCUUCAUCCUGAUGAUGAUGGAGUUGGCUGCUGCUUGUGUCCUGCUGGCCUAUGAGAAGGAGGUGGGAACUUUCAUAAAGGAAGAUCUGCAGAAAAGUCUGAAGACAUCAGAAGCGUCACGCAAAAGUGGGAAUGAAACAAAGAAAGAUGACUGGGACGUACUCCAACAAACACUGCAGUGCUGUGGUGUCAUAAACAGAACUGAUUGGACAAGUCUCCUUCCCCCGUCAUGCUGCGCCACGAGCUGCGAAAAUGAAUCGUACUUCAAAAAGGGCUGCUUUGAGCUGCUCAAGGACUUCUUUGAAGAGCAUUUCCUGACGACCGGUGCUGCAGUCAUCACCAUCUGCAUCAUCGAGGUCCUUGGCAUGUGCUUCGCCAUGACGCUAUUCUGUCACAUCAGCCGCUCCGGCUUGGGCUACAAGUGAGGCGCGUGCAGCUGGAGGUCUCCAAACGCUGGGCUGGAGCCGUCGCGAUUUAUCCUGCACCGGAGCGUCGAUCCCCGCGCUGCAGCAUCAGCGUUCCUCAGGAGCUCCAGUAACACGCUGUCAAAUUACGUCUGUAGAUCAUUAGCAGAAAUUAUGUAUGUACAUAUGAACAGAAAUCUGUGAAAGCGCUGAAGCUUUGAAGAUAUGCAGCUCAACCGCAUUGUCUUUCUUCCAUCAGUCAGUGUGUGCGUUAAUCGCUCUCCCGGGAAGUGCAACAGUCAUCAUGUCGCCCCUUCCACUGUGACCUUCCUCCAAUUUCCUGCGUAGCUUCUCCCCAUCUUUUUCCCGGUGGAGCCAAAACGUGAGCCCAAAGUAAAUAAACGGCCACAGGCUUCCUCUGCACAGCCCACCUUCCUGCUCUCUAUGCGUGUACAAGUACAUGGACGUCAAUGGGACGGCCACCUUUCAUCCCAGUGCCCUCACCGCGCACUGGACAUUUCAUAUGUGGGUCUUACGCUGUCAAACGUUUCAUCGUUCAGGGGCAGCCGGUGGUGUCAUGACUAAAGACACUUACCGGCAGCCUGGGCUGCCACAUGAAUCCCGCUCCAUUCACUGUCGUAUCUCGGAGUACAAUAAUUCUGGCUUCACAUCCUACCUUCUGCUGUGGUUCUCUUGAUCAAGGUACUUCUCGAGUUGAUACAGUAAAAAUUACCUUGCUGAAUACAUGGGUGAGUCAGUGAAGAAGCGGGAGAAGAAGGUGAGAUACAUGUAACAGUACUGUAAGAAUAAUGAAAAAGGAAUGGACAAAGCUCAAUGAAUUAAUGAAAGCGUAAUGCCCCUCGAAAGCUGCCGGUUUCCCCCAUGGCAUUCACAGCUCAUCCUCAGCGGCUGAGACAAAGUCCUGCGAGAUGCUCCAUAGCCCCAGAGCUGACGAGAGGACCGCCGUAGAGUGACGGUCUGGGGUUAGCUUGUGAUCCUGUAGGUGUGAAACAUCAUCAUUGUGUUGUUCACCAGUCAAACUCUUCAUUUCCUACCAAUUCAGCCAAACGCUUAUGCACUUUACUGUUGGCACAUUAGUCUCAGCUCGUUUUACAUGGCGCCCUUCGCCCCAAGGGACACAGCGCUGACCAGCAGAGUACCAGCAGCACAGGAAGAGGUGAAGAGGAGGUGAAGCAGAGACGAACAGAAGGCACUUUGCUAAUGUGCUGACCAAAUAACUCAUGCGGCAAUUGAGGAGAGGAAAAGAGAAAAGUCCUCUGGGAGAAAAUAGGAGAGAGAUAAAGCUCUGGGGGGUCCAAGUCCUGUCCUUCUGGUCUUUGUUUGAUCCCGCACUGCAGUUAAAUCACUGACUUCGUGUAGAACGUAUAUAUAUUUAUGAUUUUGAACACCCUAUUAAUUUACUUUAUGCAGCCCUUUUAAGUACUUUAUUUCAUAUUCUUGAGUAACAGUAGCAUAGUGCAUUUAGUAUUCUGCAUUUCAAAGUAUCCUCAAUGUAUUUGAUGAAAGCUGUGGCUCUACACACUGUAUCUGUCCUGAGGUGCAAUAAAACCUGUAAAUUCAUGGAAUAUUACAAUAAAAUGAUGCUUUAUGUAAACAAUCUGUGCUCAGCAUUCCGACCAUUACCACGAUAACAUGUAUAAUAAUGUAUAGAAUGUAUCACAUAAAAUGAAUGUGUGAAGAGCAGUUUCACUGGUGUUCACAUCCACCUCUGCACAUUUAACACCACAACCGUAUUUACAGAGCAUUCAUAGCACAUGGCCCUGGCUCCUCCCGUUACAAACGCUUGGGUUUCAGGUCUUUCAAGACAUGCAUAUUUUCAACUUUCUUGUCAAAUUCCUGUCUGUCCUGGAGGAAACAGAACCAGUGCUUAUCGCCCCAGCCAAUAGGUGGCGGUAAAGAGCAUCCAAGAGUGUGGGACUCACCGCAUUCAACUCAUUUCCACUGUGUUUACGACCCAUGUCUGGGGUUUCCGUCUCGGCGAUCAAUAACACGAUGAGGAAUGUCUCCGAUGCUUCACAGAUUAUUUAUCAACUAUCUGUACUGGAGUCUUUGGACAGGAUGUAUUUAUACUUUGAUGCACUCACUUUUAACAGUUAGUACAAAUACCAAAAACCUCUCAACUAUAUCUCAUUCUGACUUAUUAACCAUUUAACGAUGGGCCUUAGUGGUCAAAGUGACUUUGGAGUGGCGGACUCCCGUCCCGGUUGUGCAUAAGCAGAGGAGCUGCGGUAUAUUUACGCACAACUCCGAGAAGACGGUAAGCAGCCCAGCUGUGGUGAUUAAGGGGCCAGAAGUAAAAACCUCGACCACUUUAGCAGAAAGCCAAAGUCAUGGACGACUCAUCGCUUCCUGUUCUAAUUUGGGGUUGCUGGAGUCACGUCGUCACACACGUCUGUAGAAGUGUGUGUGUGCCGUGUCGCAGACCUCCUGCUGUGGUGCCCUCAGCCAAGGUACUUACCCUCAAGUGAUAUAGUAAAACAGAGUUCAAAUGUGAUUGUAAAAGGGCUGCUCCCUGCAUUUUUUCCAUAUAGCAGACAUUUUUGCCCAAAGGAACUUCCAGUGAACCCUAUGCAGCGUUACCAGCCCAAACACCUUAUUCACCACAGUAACUUACACUGCUAGAUACACUA